ACGUCACUGACGUAUUUAAAGCGAAGGGGCUGCUGCUCAACUUUGUUUUUUUAUGCUGGUCAGUCCAUCGUCUUCGCGACCAUUGAAGUCCUGCAAGUUAUCAGAUGGCCUGAGACCUUUCUGCUGGAGAGUGCGGACAGAAACGGAGCCAUGCUCCGCUGCAGGAGGUGCCGUAGAGGUGUCAUAGACUCUGCGAGUUUGUCAGUGGUUCAGCCACAGGUGCACACUACAGAUGAAAGCUCAGCCGCUGUUUGCAGUAUUUGGCAUGUGAACGUUGACGCGUUGCCAGAGUGGAUACUGACCUCUGUUCACCAGGCCCAGUGGACUGUAGGAAAACUCAACUGCCAGAACUGCGGCGCUCGUUUGGGUGGCUUCAACUUCGUUAAUCGCACAGAGUGUCCCUGCGGCCAGGACGCCUCUAUCCACCUAAGCAAAAGUCGGGUGGAUCACGACCACAAGCACAAUGUUCUCAUCGUCCAGCCAAGGAGAACGAUGCCUGAGAGGGUCCAGGCUGGUCUGCUGGCUAAUGGCUCGCAGGAUAAAGAAGAGAUGCCUGGAUUCAACAGGUCUGCACUGGAUGCUUCACAGCUCGGCACGUCUCACAUCAGCCCCCCAGAAGCCUCCAGUUCCCUGACUCAAAACACCCAGACAUUUUCUUUCAGUCCUCUAUACUGCAUCUCUCAUAGGAGACGGUGCAGUUUGGAGGACGAUGCAGACUUGAGGUCAUCGUGUUUUUGCCCUGUAGGCUCCAAAGCCAUGUCUUCCAUUGUGAGGUCAGGGACAGAUGAGACUACAUGGUCGCCCCUCUCCUUUCGCACAAGUCGGCAGUGUGACGUGCCGUGCCGUUCAUCUGUUUCUGGAGGUACACGCUCAACUAUGGAUCAACAUCUGCUGAGAACUGAGGAGAAUUUUCUAGAGACCACAGCAGUCCAUGAGGAGCUUUCAGAUUCAGUCCCCUCUCUGAGGGAGAGAUUCAUCGCUAACAGUGUAGCUGAGCAGGAGGAAGAAGAAGGGCCUCAAGCUGUUGUGGAUUCCCCAGCCUCGAACAGAAUGAGCAAAAGGGAGAAGAACCAUCUUAAAAGUCUUCGGAGGAAAGAGAGGAGGAGAAAGAGAUGGCUGCACAGCCAGCUGACGCAGGACCAGGCUGAGAGUAUGAGGACCGACAGCGAGGAGGAGGACAAAGAAGGCCUCACUUGUGCCGUGUGUCUCGACAUCUACUUCAAUCCAUACAGCUGUCAGCCCUGUGGUCACGUCUUCUGUGAGCCAUGUCUCCGCACCCUCGCCAAGAACAGGCCGACAAACACACCCUGUCCCCUGUGCCGCUCACUCAUCUCGCACACCAGCUUCCACAAAGAGCUCAACCACACAGCAAAGACCUUCUUCCCAAAAGUCUACUUCACCCGCAAGCAGAACUUCCAGAAUGCCUCAUGUGCAAAAUGGCCUCUACCCAGUUUUCCCAAACGCUUCCGUUACUUCUGGGGGAAUCAGAGACGUGGAGGAAGAGGAGGGAGACACUGGCACUUUGUCCACGGAGGUUUCACACUGGAAGCGUUGGAUUUCACCGACAUGCGAGGCUGGCUCUUCGAUAUCGGCCUGGUCAUCGUCUAUAUGCACUCACUCAACUGGAUCCUGGCUUUCCUCUUCCUGUGUUUUCUCAUGUACUACUUCUUCAUUUGAGUCACUUAAAGUUACCCGUUGGUUA